AUAGACUAUAUUACAUCUUAAUAUAACUGAUUGACAAUCGAGAAGAAGUGGAUUUUAUUUUAUUUUUUGAGUUUAAAACGUAUUGUAAACAAAAUUUUCGUCAAAAUUUUUUUCAUCAGCAGAAAACACGCGUCAAAACUAAAGUCUAACAACACGUGUGUAACAACAACAACACGUGUAACAAUUGUUUUUUCUGUGUGACCAACCAUUGUCUGUCUGUCUGUCUGUAGCUAUGCCUCAGGGAAGACGUAAAGUACCGUUUAGUACGAAACAAAAGAAACAACAGAUUAAAAACAAAAGACAACAGAAGAAGACCGACGAACAACAGACCAAAUUUGGUGGACAUUCGGGUGGAGACGAUAAUGUUGUUGUCGUCGUCGACGACGACGACGAUAUAGACGAUGACCAACUUGUUGGCGAAUUGGAUGAAGAUAUCGGCGCCACCGCCGCCUCAGCCACCGGUGGCAAAACUGUCAGACAAAUCAAUGUCCAGAAAUGUGUCGACAGCAACAAAGAUGUCAAUCGCUAUGCUCUUCAUUUUUUUGACGAAACACCCGAAGAGCUGCAAAAGCGCCGCGAAGACGGUCGCAAACCGUUUGCUAAAUUACCCGAAUCAGCGCUAGAAGUGUCCGUUGAAGAGGUAUUUACUGUUGGCGACGGUGACCAACAUAAUGGUCUCGAUUUGCCGAAACGACCGAAAUGGGACAACACUAUGAGUACGAAACAACUUGAGGCCAAUGAACAGAAAUAUUUUAGAAAAUACUUGAACUCUAUCACUAAAUCCAACGAAAGGUUGAGUUAUUUUGAUCUAAAUCUGGAGACUUGGCGCCAACUGUGGCGCGUCCUCGAGAUGUCCGAUAUUGUACUCAUGAUUGCCGACAUCAGGCAUCCAGUGUUUCAUUUUCCUCCGUCGCUAUACAACUAUGUGGUCAACGAAUUAAAGAAAGACAUGAUUCUAGUCUUAAAUAAAGUAGAUUUAGUGGACUCAUCGCUGAUCAUCGCGUGGACUCAUUAUCUAAAGAACAAGUUUCCCGAAUUGCAUGUCUUGGCGUUUGCGUCGUACGCUGGAAUGAAAAGCAAAAGCAAUAAGAAACGUAUCGGUAAACUACGGAUGGCGUCCAAUGCGGCCAAAUCUUUGCAAGAAGUUUGCCAAAAGAUUUGCGGCCAAAAGGCAGACCUUACGAGUUGGCGCAACAAAAUCGAAGAAGAACUGCAUGAAGAAGUUACGGCAUCCAGUCGUGAUGACCACAGCGAUGACGAUGAUGACGACGACACGAGUAAUCCAUUGAAGAAAUGCGAACAGAAAUUAGAAAAAGUGGAUCUUCAUUAUUAUGAUCAAACGGAACGCUUCAAGGAUGGUGUGGUCACUAUUGGAUGUGUUGGACAUCCAAACGUUGGCAAGUCAUCGCUAUUGAACGCUAUAAUGGGCCGCAAAGUGGUCAGUGUUUCGCGAACUCCUGGCCACACAAAACACUUUCAGACGAUAUAUUUGACGCCAACUGUCAAGCUUUGCGAUUGUCCUGGUCUUGUCUUUCCAUCGAUGGCACCCAAAGAGCUACAAGUGCUGAUGGGAUGCUUUCCCAUUGCACAGUUACGUGAGCCAAACAGCGCAAUAGGAUAUUUAGCGCAACGAAUCAAUGUCCAGAGGAAACUACAUCUACAGCAUCCUAAUGAUGGCGGCGACCAGUGGUCAGCGUACGAUGUAUGCGAAGCUUGGGCUAUAAAGCGCCGAUUUUUUACAGCUAAAGCCGCCAGACCUGACGUUUAUCGUGCGGCCAAUCAUUUGUUACGUAUGGCACUCGACGGUCGGACACUAUGUCUGGCAUUUUAUCCGCCAGACUAUCUGAAAGACAGAAACACUAUUUGGUCUAAUCAUUCGGACAUCAAAUUUAUUGAACUGAUUAGAGGACAGAAAUUAAUGGAUUAUGACUUAUGGGACGAUGAGUUGGCCGACAAUAAUGAAUUGAAAUAUAAAAAUAUUAAGUCAUCUCAAGAUGAGGAAGAAGACGAAGAAGAGGAAAGUGAUGAAGAGGUUACUGGAAUUGCAACAAAAAGCAAGUUUUCUGUACUUCAAGAGUCUGAUUAAGAUAACAACUACAGUGAAGAUAUUUAAUAAUAAUUAUUAA